AAAUACAAUCGCAGAGCAGUCGCGAACUCAUCUUCUAUAGACGUCGCCAGUUGCAAAGAGACGCCAUAAACGAAAGAGAAAAGCUUGUGGAAAGACUUGUCAAGCUAUCUUUUCCUCCGUAUAGAACAUUUUCCUGGAAGUAACAAUCUUCUCUUUUUGGAUCUGAGUAGUAAAGGAAUCUGAAACGCAAUGGAGAGGCUGAGAUCAGUUUUGGAGCAGCACAUGGACCAAAUGGCAGAUCUAGUACAGAAGCUCUCCUCAGACCUCCGCUCGGGUCUCCGACCCGCAUACGAUAAUCUUAUGGGCUUCUUCCACGCCAUCGACUGGAAGGAACCUUGGUUAAUGUGCUUGCUGGCAUUCCAUGUUUUCUUGCUGUUAGUAACAGUUUCCUCUAGGAGAAACACCAACUUCCAAAUGUUGUUGUUCCUCCUGGCAUUGGCUGGAGUGUAUUUCGCGGAGAGGCUUAAUAGAUUGCUGGGUAGCAACUGGAAGAGAUUUGCAACUCAAAAUUAUUUCGAUUCACAUGGAAUUUUUCUUUCGGUGCUCUGGUCUGGGCCUCUGCUCAUUGUUGCAAUCCUUAUCUUGGUAAACACCCUUUUUUCUCUUUGUAAUCUUAUUGUUAAAUGGAAAAAAGCUGAACUCAGGCACCGGGCAAGGCUGGCACGUAACAAGCAGGAUUAAUUUUCAAAUCCAUAAAUUUGCUGAUCUAGGUGUUUCUCUUCUAGCUGGCUUCGAUCAUGUGGCAGCCUUGAUAUGAGUUCUCUUUAUUCCUUUGUUAUAGCCUUGCAGGUUAUGUAACUCAGAUGCCUGAUAGGCUUUUUUGGAGGUUAGAGCUAUCUUCUCCGACUGUAAACACAAAAUCUUGUAGAUCAUACUUGCCUUUUGUUUAGGAGCAAAUCCCAGAUCAUCUUUUUGCUGUGUGCUGAUUCUUCUGCAAAUUUUUGGAAGUUUGCUUUUGGACUAAAACACCUUUUUUAUUGAAGGAGAGAAUUGGCCUA